CGUACGCGUAGCAACCAGCAUGGCGACGAGUAAAGCUUUUUACUAGCUACAGUGUACUAUGAGAGGAUUGGCUUUGGCGAUAGCAUGUAUGUUUUUCCAAGCAUUUUAAAAGUCAGGACGAACUAGACAGUGACAAGAAAAUAGACUAGCAAUACGCCACACAGACAAACCGUUUCAGCUGAAUAAAAACCAAAAUGAGUGUGCAGAUAGCUCCGCUUACGAUUAUCUCGCUCGUCAGCUAACAUAAAAGAGCAUGGGAUAUAUGAAACUCAUGGACGCAAGGAAAGUGAACGCUUCACCUGUCUCACGAUACAGUCUGGCUGGGCCAUUCAAAGGACAUUUGAGUUUUAAAAGCAGCCCUUACUGUCCCGGAUCUUCAAAUGAGCUUACAAGCCAGUACAUAAUCGAAGAUCAUAUGGUAUCCCAUUACAAAAAGGUGUUCUCAGCCAAAGCUGCUGUGGACUCAACGGUGCCUAAAAGCUUGCUGAGCAGUGUGAAAUACACUGACCAGCAAAGACGAGAGCAGUUAAAGAAGGAUGUUGCUCGGAAUGAGAGACGGGCUCAUUCAGUCCAAUCACUGUCCCAGAAGAGUGUCAGGACCGAUACCAGACCAUCGUCAACUGAUGUCAUCCAGAGCCGUGUGUCUGUACACAGGGGACAGAACGCUUCUCCCUGUCUGGGUAGCCCCAUGGCCUCCACCCCAAGGUUCAAACAAAGCGUUUAUCCCUCCCAAUUGGACCGAUCGUGGAGCCCCCCACACUGUUACCGGUCCGCGUCCGAGCUCAGCUACCGGAGUCCCAACCCCCUGAGGCAGCUCUCAGCCCGUUCCUGUUUCACCUCCAGCACUCACAACGGAUACAAGUCCUUCCAGGAUCCGGUGCAGAAGACCUACGGCGGUGACCUUCUGCAGAAGCACUCUCAUCAUUUCACUGACGAUAAGCCCUUCGCUCCCCGCACUCUGAAAACCGAGAGCAAGUCCUUUCUGUCUCAGUACCGCUACUACACCCCUCCCCGGGGGAAACAGAAAGCCCCAAAGCUGACUCACCAGGACACGUUCCAUGGAAGCACACACUUCACAGGAGGUUCACCAGAAGAGGAAUGGGAUCUCCAGCAGGAAAUGCGUGAUGGCCGUGACUGGUCAGACGAGGAAUCCCAGAGUGGGAGCCGCUCUGACUCCGGGCUUCAGAUGAAGGAGCUGAAGACCAGGUGGAGGAGCAGUGAUCUUCACUCUUCACCCGGUGUUUCACCAGAUGAAAUGAAGUCCCCUUUGAAGAAAAUGACUGCAGAGGAGGAAGAGCUGAUGUACCUUGAAUUUAUUGCAGAUGUGACAAAUGACAUCUUAUCAAGGGGACUGUAUUCUGACAGGGUUUUGGAGCGUGUGUUUGCCCGUCAGAUUGAGAUGAAUGCGCAUCGGCUAGAUAAGGACAAAAUGCGCCACCUUCUGGAGGUUCUUCGCCAAGACCUUGCAAGCCCUUGUGAUUCUGCCACAAACUGCACAGAGCUUAGAGGGGGCGGUUAUCUACCUCCUGGUCUCCUUUCAAGUCUGGGAAAACAUUCCCUCUCAGGAACCAAAGAAGAUAGUAGUGUUAUUGCAUGCACUGUGUUUGACAAGGGCUCUGGAGAAGUGGUAAAUUCCAUUUGCUCAUCUUCCAAACCCGAAGCAGAGAACUGUGCUUUGAACAAAGAUUUACCUGAACAUAAAGAAGCAGCAGAAGCCUCUGAAGAGUCCAGUCCUAACUCAAACUGUGAACUGCCCCCCAGUGAACAGACACAUCUGCCCAACUCCGAGAACAGUGAAGAAAGUGUUCCAGACAAUCUUGAACAAUCAAAAGAGGUAGAGGACCUGGAAAGGGAUUUGGCAGAGUCCUUAUGCAUGUCUGAAGAUACCAAGGUUAUCAAGGACAACCACAAAGCUGACCUUACAGAAGACUUUUUCAGUGAUGAUGACUUUUAAUUCCUCUCAUUGUAGUUCAGGCAUCCAUUUUUGUGACAAGAUUGACAGUAUUUGAAAUGUGCAUAUUUUACAUCCAAGUCUUACCAGAUAUUCCCUGUCAAAAAGCAGCAGGUUUCUGGUGUUUUACUCCUACACCACGCCAUGUUUUCUUGAUUGGCCUAAACGUCCAGUGUGAUACAUUUGGCCAACAUUGCUUUUUGGCAAGAGUAAAACACCCAGAUUUCUCUUACUACAGAACAUGCACUGAUUUGUGGUAAGAGGAAAAUAUGUAUUCAGUUAUAAUUUUAAGACAUCAACUUUAACUUUAAACAGCCAUAACUGUGUUUGUACAUUUACUAAAUAGUAGAUGUACAAACCGUUAAUAACUGGCUAGCAAGCAGAGGAGCUUUGAGCUCUACAUCUUUAAAAAAAAAUAUAUAUAUUUUUUUAGAUGUGAUCAGAUUUAAUUUUUCUACCCCAUAUAUGACAUUACUCUAUCUUCCUGUGAAAGAGAUUGCUAUUUUAACUAAUGUAUUAAAUGAUUAAAACUAACUAAAAUAUGAAGGCUAGGAGAUCAGUAUUUUUGUAAAUGUUCUGAAACAUGGUGUGUCUUUCUGUCCCAGGAAUUGUCUGCCCUUCAUAUUUUAAAUAUCUGAAAUGUAAGAUGUCAGGUUAUGUUACUUUAGUCUAUGUGGUGUAUUUUUAAAAGGGUUUUUCCCCUGUAAUUGCAUGGAAAAUGGUGGAAGACUUGGACUUGAGGUUGUGCAUUUCAGUUAUGUAUCUGUAGGUUUUUUUUUUGGAAUGACUACAUAUUCCAGGUGUUUAUUGUAGAUAAAUAGUAGUGCGUACUGCCUAGAAGGUUUAAUUUCUUACAGUUCUGGCUAUAUAAUGGAGUAGACCGUCACAAAAAUGAAUGUGAGCUAAUGACCAAUGAUUUAAUCAAUUCCAGCAUUAGUACCCCCGGGUACUUCCGGUGCUGGCUGUGUCUGAAACAUUUACUGUUUUGCCAUGGUUGCUGUAUUUAUAUAUUAUUUAUACAUAGGCUCAUUUUAGCCAUUGUAGUUCUGACUGUUUACACAUGGCUAGUACCUGAAAAUGUAAUAUUCUGGAAAGCAAUUUCUAUUUAUUUUAUGACUGUAAAUAUACUUAUAGUUUUCCUUCCAAUUCAAAGAAAUAAAUGGUUUAUUCUUA